UCUCAGUUGUUAAAAUUUAGGCACCCCUAGAUCUUUCCGUCUCUAUGGUUUUUGGAUUAAUUUUUCGGUUCUUUCAAAAUUUAUUUAGGUCAGUGAAGUACAGUAUUAUGGGGGAUUCAGCAGAUGUAAAACUGGAUCCAUUUAGCCAUGUUAUCGUUCCACCAAUACCGAAACUGGCCGACAUGCAUAUGUACUGGGUGUGGCGAAUGCUCAUUAAAUCAUAUCUGACUGCAACAGGCCUUUGGUCUGGAAAUCAUCCAAAGGAGAGCGCCCACGCAAAGUUUGUGUUGCUGAGCACGUUGGAAAUUUGGGUUGUAAGAAAGGAGUACGAUGACAUGACCAGCAAGUCCAUUUUCGAAGAUCUCGAGGAACGAUACGCUAACAAUAACAAUCGAAGACAAUCAGUGAAUAGUUAUUUUUAAAAUCAAUAAGAUGUGUUUCUAUUGAUUUCGCUGUACAGUUC